CUCCGCCAUUUCGAUAUUAUUCGACGAGCGAGUUCCCUUCUCGGCGAUCGGCGAACUAGUAUAUGGUGGACGCGCAAUAUUCCGGCAUUGGAAUAUUCACUGCCGGUAAUUUUUUUGAUAAUUUCGAGAGGAGAGAACAAUUGACAUUUUAGGACGUCGAGGUGACGUAAGUCAUGGCCGAAUAUCUAGCGUCUAUCUUCGGAACCGAGAAAGACAAAGUAAACUGCUCCUUUUACUUUAAAAUCGGCGCCUGUCGUCACGGUGACAGAUGCUCGCGUAUCCACAACAAGCCCACAUUCAGCCAAACAUGUUUGCUUCAAAAUCUGUAUGUAAAUCCUCAAAACUCUGCCAAGAGCGCGGAUGGCUCUCAUUUGGUCGCAAAUGUAUCGGAUGAAGAAAUGCAAGAGCAUUAUGACAACUUUUUUGAAGACGUUUUUGUCGAAUGUGAAGACAAGUAUGGCGAGAUUGAGGAGAUGAAUGUAUGCGACAAUCUUGGCGAUCACUUAGUGGGCAAUGUUUAUAUCAAGUUUCGCAGAGAGGAAGAUGCGGAAAGGGCUGUAAACGACUUGAACAAUCGCUGGUUUGGCGGCAGACCUGUCUAUGCUGAACUAUCACCGGUAACGGACUUCAGAGAAGCUUGCUGUCGUCAAUACGAAAUGGGCGAGUGCACGCGAUCUGGAUUUUGCAACUUUAUGCAUUUGAAGCCUAUCUCGCGUGAGCUGCGUCGCUACUUAUACAGUCGUAAAAAGAGCGGCAGGGGACGAUCCAGGUCGCGAUCGCGAUCGCGCGGCCGAGAUCGUAAGCGCAGAUCGCGAUCACGCGACAGACGAUCGAGAUCCAAGGAUCGUCGGAAGCGAGACGACAAAGGUAGGGACGGUCGAUCUGGAAGAUACUAAUUGUAGAGAAUUAUGUUUAUACGAAUAUUCAUUCCGAAUAUAUUGAUGUCCUGAUUUAACAAAGAGAUUGGACGUUAAUGACGUUUGUCUUCUUGUGUGUGCCGGACAAUAUUUGUCUUAUCAAUAUAUUUAUAUAUCUAUAUAUAUAUAUAUACACACACACACAGACGCGUAAUCUCGAAUUAGUAUUCUUCAGUGCUGUGUAAUAAAUUUCUGGUUAGUUAUUUAAGCAUUUCUGAAUGAUUAAUAAAUACAGUUUCCCUCUGUGCGAUAAUGACAGAAACAAAUAAAAUAGAAACAUGGAAAUAUGUAUACAGGGUGUCAGGGCAAUCUCUUCCCAAAAAACAGUUCUUGUAGUUUACCUUGAGAGCUUUUCAAAACAUUAUAACUAAGUAUUUUUUUCGAGUACUUUUCAAGUUAUGAGGCUUGAAAUAAUUUCUUAAUUGCAUAAAACAAUAAAAUAUCUA